UUCACCGUCAACGGGUUCGCUCCUCGCUCCGCUCUUGAAUCUGGGAUACAUUUCCAGUCACGACCCCGAGAACCUGUUCUCCCGCCUAGUGGAUUUUUCGUUUUUAUUUUUCGGGCAGCAGGUUCUUCGUGACAGUCCCAUCUUCAGCUAGAAGAGAAAACCACCACAAGCACACAAAUAUGGAUGAGCAGGAACGGAAUCUACAGAAUGGCAAGCAGCCGAGGAUAGUUUCUGGCUUGGAUCGGCCACUGAAGACACCACCGCCUGGGGAACAAUUCCGUGCAGUGCGGCGUCAAGUGGUGGCUGUUAUCCUGGCCAACGUGGGUGUCUUUUCCACAGGCAUGACCCUGGCCCUGCCCACUGCCACUUUGCAUCAACUGAAGAACCCCAAGGAGAGUGUCUACUUAAGUACAUCCCAGGCUUCCUGGUUUGCCUCAGUCAAUGCUCUGGCAGCCCCACUGGGUGGCCUCUUGUCCGGCUUUCUAUUGGAUAAAAUAGGACGUAAGCGUUCCUUGAUUGUGCUCAAUGUCCUUACCAUUCUCGCCUGGAUUCUGCUUGCCACACCCAGUGGAACCGACCAGGGAGCAUUCUUCUGGCAGCUCAUCGUCUCACGAACUAUACUGGGCAUUGGCAUGGGUCUGGCUAGUGCUCCGCCAGGAGUUUAUGCUGCUGAGAUUAGUGUGCCAAGGACGAGGGGCAGUCUCAUCCUGGGCACCUCCAUCUCAGUGGCUGGCGGUAUAACGAUACUGUAUGGAAUCGGUUACUAUAUCCGCGACGAUUUCCGGCUGAUCGCUCUCAUCUGCUGUGGCUACCAGCUGGUGUCCCUGCUCUGUGUUUUGCCACUCACGGAAAGCCACUGCUGGCUGCUCUCCAAGAAGCGAGUGACGGAGGCCAAGCGGUCUCUUAAUUACUUUCGAGGCUUCAGCAAGUCGGAUGAAAUCACACAUCCCCUGGUGCUGGAGGAGUUCCAGGUCCUGCAGAAAUCUCUGCAGCAGCGUGACGCUGAGGUGAAGGUGUCCUUCUGGGCAAGCCUCAAGGAACCGGAGGUCCACAAGCCACUGCUCAUCCUGAUGUCACUCUUCGCCUUCCAGCAGCUGACGGGCAUCUUUGUGGUCAUUGUAUACGCAGCAGAGAUCUCUCUGGAUGCUGGCAUCGAGAUCGAUCCGUUUAUGUGCGCCCUGCUUAUUGGGCUGGCCCGCCUGGUGACCACUUGUCCCAUGGGGUAUAUCUUGGAGCUCUGGGGUCGCCGGCGUGCGGGUAUCAUCUCCACAUUGGGCAUGGCUAUCUGCAUGCUUAUGCUGGCCGGACACAGCAAGAUUGACUUCCUCCGGAACAUUCCCUAUCUGCCAGUGGUGGCCAUUGUGGGUUUCAUUGUACUGAGCACUCUUGGUCUUUAUACACUGCCCUUCUUCAUGAUCUCAGAGCUGUUUCCGCAGCGGGUGAGAGGUCCUGCAUCAGGACUCACAGUGGCCGUGGGCAUGUUCAUCUCUUUCGUGUGCCUGAAAACCUUUCCCGACCUCAAGGAGGCCAUGGGCAUGCGCAACUGCUUCGUCUUCUUCGGAGUCAUGGCUAUCCUGGCCCUGAUCUUUGUGUACUGGGCUCUGCCGGAGACACGUCGUCGAACUCUCCUGGAGAUUGAAGAGCAAUUCCGCUCUGGGAGAAGCAGCAAAUCUCGCUCCCAGGCUGAUGUCGAGAUGAAGGAGGUCUUUGUCCGUCGACCAGAGGAGUAAUGUCUUAAGUUCAGGAGAAUAUUAUGGUUAAGGGAUCCCGAUGAGUGCUUAGUACUGUGAUAGAGAAUAACAACAACAAAGGCCACUUACAAAAUAAAACCCCACAUUGGAAAAUUGAAUAAACAAGUUUCGGUGCACUUACUAGCUUUUAUAAAUAUUUUAAAUAGUUAUAAAAUAAGCUACAAACU